AUGUUCACGGCCGGGCUGCGCGAGCGGGGCCUGGCCGAGGUGCCCAUCGAGGGCGUGCAGCCGCGCGCCAUGGAGCGCCUGGUGGAGUUCGCCUACACGGCCGCCGUGGCCGUGGGCGAGCGCUGCGUGCUGCCGCUGCUGCACGGCGCCCUCAUGUACCAGGUCUCCAAGCAGGAGGAGUUCCUGUCCCUGUCGCACUGCCAGGAUACCAUUUUUGCCCAUUUUUACCAAUUUUUACCAAUUCUCCCCAUUCCCCCAGGUGUCCAAGCAGGAGGAGUUCCUGUCCCUGUCGCACUGUUAGGAUAUAAUUUUUGGGUUGUUUUUGACCCAAUUUUUACCAAUUCUGACAUUUCUCCCCAGGUGUCCAAGCAGGAGGAGUUCCUGUCCCUGUCGCACUGCCAGUAUACCAUUUUUGGGUUAUUUUUUGAACCAAUUUUUACCAAUUUUGACCUUUUCUCCCCAUUUCCCCAGGUCUCCAAGCAGGAGGAGUUCCUGUCCCUGUCGCACUGCCAGUAUACCAUUUUUGGGUUAUUUUUUGACCCAAUUUUUACCAAUUCUGACAUUUCUCCCCAGGGGUCCAAGCAGGAGGAGUUCCUGUCCCUGUCGCACUGCCAGUAUACCAUUUUUGGGUUAUUUUUUGACCCAAUUUUUACCAAUUCUGACAUUUCUCCCCAGGGGUCCAAGCAGGAGGAGUUCCUGUCCCUGUCGCACUGCCAGCUGGCCGCCCUGCUGAGCCGCGACGAGCUGAACGUGCGCGGCGAGUGCGAGGUGUUCCAGGCGUGCCUGGCCUGGGUGCAGCAGGACCGCGCCGCCCGCGCCCCGUUCCUGCCCGCGCUGCUGCGCGCCGUGCGCUGCCACGCGCUGCCGCCGCGCUUCCUCCGCGCCCAGCUCCGCCGCCGCCACCUCGGCCGCGACGCCCUGCGCUACCUGGCCCAGGUGUUCCGCGAGCUCUCCCUGCACAGACCCUCCGGGGACCGCCCCCCCGGCAGGACCCCCGGGGUCAGGCAGCUGAUCUACGCGGCCGGGGGGUACCUGGGGAGGUCGGUGGGCACGCUGGAGGCGCUGGAGCCCGAGGGAGGGCGGUGGGUGAGGCUGGCGGAGAUGGAGGCGCCGCGCUCCGGCCUGGGGGGCUGCGUGGUCGGGGGGCUUUUCUACGCCGUGGGGGGCAGGAACAACUCGGCCGAGGGGAACACGGACUCGGCGGCCGUGGACUGCUACAACCCCGUGAGCGGGCGCUGGGCGCCCUGCGCGCCCAUGAGCGUGCCCAGGAACAGGAUCGGCGUGGGCGUCAUCGACGGGCUCAUCUACGCCGUGGGGGGGUCGCACGGGGGCACGCACCUGCGCUCCGUGGAGAGGUACGAGCCCGAGCGGGACGCGUGGGCGCCCGUGGCCCCCAUGGGCACGCGGCGCAUCGGGCUGGGCGUGGCCGUGCUGCACCGCCUGCUCUACGCCGUGGGGGGCUUCGACGGCAGCGCCCGCCUGCGCUCGGCCGAGCGCUACCACCCCGAGAGGGACAGCUGGCAGCCCAUCCCCCCCAUGGCCGCCGUCCGCAGCGGCGCAGGGGUGUGUGCCCUCGGGAACUGCCUGUACGCCAUGGGGGGCUACGAUGGCACCCAGCAGCUGAGCAGCGCCGAGCGCUUCCGGCCCGACACCGACACCUGGAGCUUCGUGGCACCCAUGGGACACCGCCGGAGCGCCCUGGGCGCCACGGCCUUCCGGGGCAGGAUCUACGUGCUGGGGGGCUACGACGGCCACUCCUUCCUGGACUCGGUGGAGUGCUACGACCCCGAGGCCGACGCGUGGACCGAGGUGGCCCCGAUGCCCUCGGGGCGCAGCGGGCUGGGGGUGGCCGUCACCAUGGAGCCCUGCCACCCCCAGGAGACCCCCCCCGAGGACGAGGAGCCCCCCCCGGGCGGGCCCUGCUGACCCCGGCGCCGCCGGGGGGGGGGUCCGGGUGCAGCCCCGCACCCAAAAUUCCAGAAUCUUCCCCCCAACCCAUCCCCCACCGGCGGCGGAUUGAGGGGUGCGGGGGGGGGGCAAUGCCAAUGAGACCCCCCCCC